GUCAUUAAAUUCGAUGAACAUGGAAGUUAACGCUAAUUUUCUUAAUAUUUAUUGAAUUAUUGUACUCACUGGUAUUUUUAUUAAAAUUUUAGUAGUUCUUAUAAAUUUACAUUUAUUUCUAGUUAUCCAUUUUUUAUUUGCUAAUACUCGUACAACGCACGCGCAGAACUUCCAUCGCCCAAAAUUUCCCAGCGCCAUAUUGAGAGGCGGACGUUGUAUGACUUGAGUGAUUAAUCGUGGUUAGUGCAAUAAAUUGAAGUGGAACAGUUGAUCGUGCCCUAUGGAUAUACAUUCGGGAGUGGUGUGCCUCGGUUGAAAGGCCUGCCGAAGGGACAGGGCUCCGCGCGUGAGGACGGAUUGCGGCCCUCCGCUCUGAGGAAUCAUGGAGUGCUGCAUGUCAGAAGAAGCCAAAGAACAGAAACGGAUCAACCAAGAAAUAGAGAGGCAACUCCGGAAGGACAAACGAGAUGCCAGGAGAGAACUCAAACUUCUCCUACUUGGUACGGGCGAGUCGGGCAAGUCAACAUUCAUCAAGCAGAUGAGAAUCAUCCACGGGUCCGGCUACAGCGAUGAUGACAAGCGCGGCUUCAUCAAACUCGUGUACCAAAACAUCUUCAUGGCGAUGCAGAGUAUGAUACGCGCCAUGGACUUACUUAAAAUACAAUACGGAAUUCCGUCCAAUGCAGAACAGGCGGAGUUGAUAUCAUCGAUCGACUUUGAAAGUGUUACAACCUUCGAGAGCCCGUAUGUGGAGGCUAUCAAGGCUCUAUGGGCCGACUCCGGAAUUCAGGAGUGCUACGACCGCAGGCGAGAAUACCAGCUCACCGAUUCAGCCAAAUACUACUUGCAGGAGAUAGACCGCGUAGCCGCUCCAAACUACUUACCAACCGAACAGGACAUCCUCCGCGUUCGAGUCCCCACAACGGGUAUCAUAGAAUAUCCAUUUGACUUGGAAGAGAUACGAUUUAGAAUGGUAGACGUCGGGGGCCAAAGAUCCGAGCGAAGGAAGUGGAUCCACUGUUUCGAAAACGUCACAUCAAUCAUAUUCUUAGUAGCUCUUAGUGAAUAUGAUCAAAUUUUAUUCGAAUCAGAAAAUGAGAAUCGAAUGGAGGAAUCGAAAGCUCUGUUCAAGACGAUUAUCACGUACCCGUGGUUCCAGCAUUCGUCCGUCAUCCUUUUCUUGAACAAAAAGGACUUGCUUGAAGAGAAGAUCAUGUACUCCCACCUUGUCGACUACUUCCCCGAAUAUGAUGGUCCGCAGCGCGACGCAAUCACGGCGCGCGAGUUCAUACUGCGGAUGUUCGUCGACCUCAAUCCGGACGCUGAGAAAAUCAUCUACUCGCAUUUCACUUGCGCGACAGACACUGAAAACAUCAGAUUUGUGUUCGCCGCUGUAAAAGACACAAUCCUACAGUCCAACCUAAAGGAGUACAAUCUCGUCUAAGCGAACGCAUCCUGGUCACUGACACAAAUCUGUGAUUGUGUAAAACACAUAAUUUAAACAUCAUCACUUCACGACAGAAUGUGUAAAUUCACGAACUGAGAUCGGACGGACGAACUUAUUCACCUUAAAAUGUUUAAUGAGAAAUUAAGGAUAGAUUGUAAGUCAUUUAACCCAAAAACUAGGUUCGGGUCUCGGCCCGCGGACUCCGCUCGCUCUAGUCCGCACUUCGGACGGUUCGCGAAACACGCGACUGGUUUUUUGACAUGUUUUUUUAUGAUGAAGUUAUUCACAAUUUAUGUAUGUGUCUGUAUCGGUGAAUAUUAAAUUGUGCAUUUUAAAGUUAUGGUGAGUCUUGGCCUUACCAUGAGCUGCUUUUAGUCAUUGUUUUAGGAUUUUUGUAAAGUUUGUUGCCAUAAUAUCUUUCUACAUUAGUAUACAUUUUAUUAUGUCCAGACGGAUUUGAACAAACUAGUCCAAUGAACUUGUGCGUAUUUAUCGAGCUGUCGGUCUCAAGUGGGGGCCGGCGGCUACGCCUCCGGUGGUAGAGUGAGACAGCGAUAUUGUCGCACCACGUGAGCGAAAGAGACGCACUGUCUCAUCCGCUGUCUAUCUAUUUACAGAUAUCAACAUAAACUUAAUAUAUAUCAUUA